UCCCGGGCUCCUUCCAGGCGCUGGGCAGACAGCCGGCUCCCGUGGGCUGGCGGAAAGGGAAAGGGGCGGCAGCGCGGGCAGCGGGGCAGGCAGCGCGGGCAGUGCCGGCGCCCCAGCAGAGGCAGGCGGCAGGGCGGGCAGGACAAGCAGCCCGGGCAGCGCAGGCAGCGCAGGCAGCUCGGGCAAGGCAGGCAGUGCAGGCAGCCCGGGCAGGGAAGGCAGCACAGACAGGGCAGGCAGCGCAGACAGGGCAGGCAGCGCGGGCAGGGCAGGCAGCGCGGGCAGGGAAGGCAGCACAGACAGGGCAGGCAGCGCGGGCAGGGCAGGCAGUGCGGGCAGGGCAGGCAGCACAGACAGGGCAGGCAGCGCAGGCAGCGCAAGGCAGCUCACGCCGCCCGGGGAGGGCUCUGAUUCAUCACCCCUUUCAGAGGAGAGGAUGGGACGCCGCUAAACUCCCCUUUCUCCCUCCUCCCUUCCCCCCUCGCCAAGCAAGCCCCCCCUCUCCUCCCCCCUCCGCUUGCUCUUUCUCUCUCCCCAAGCAGUGAGGCUCGGACAGUGCUCGGCUCCAGCGCUUUAUUUUAAGAUGAUCGGCCAAGGUCUUUGCAGAUAGAUUUUAUCUGAAGUUAAAUAGCAGGCGCUCGCCGCUCCCUCGCCAAUAAGUCAUUUUUAAUAGAGACAAAUCGCCCUGGACGCCCCGGAGCGCCGGUGUCGCCGCUCCUGCCCGCGCCCCCCGCCGAAGGCGAGCGGGCAGCUCGGGCAGCUCCCUCCUCCCGUAAGUGUCCUGCUCGGCGGAGCCGGAGCGCGGCCGUGUGCGGAGAAGGGGAGGCGCGGGGGGGAGAGCCGGCCAGCCGCCCCGCUGCCCUGACAGUGCCUGCGCCGGAUGCACAGCGGCCGCGGGACCCCUCGGUGCGGAGCGCGGCGAGGAGAUGCGCAGGGGCGGCGGGCUGCGCCGCGGCGCUCAGCCCCUCUAGGCUCGCCCAUGGAGCACCCCGCGGAGCCCCGGCCGCCGUCGGACCCCCCACGCCGCUGGUGAGAGCUCUGCUUGUUCUGUAAAGUGGAUGUCAGGUGGAUCUAUGUUCUGGAAGGAACAAAGAGGCAGCGAAGGCAGCGCGGGGGAAGUUUGAGCGGCGAGGAUGCAGGCUGUGUACUGGUACGCGGUCCUUCUGCUGCAGCCCACCCUCUACCUGGUUACCUGUGCAAAUUUAACAAAUGGAGGAAAAACAGAACUUCUAAAAUCAGGAAGCUCCAAAUCCACACUAAAGCACAUAUGGACAGAAAGUAGCAAAGACUUGUCCAUCAGCCGACUGCUGUCACAGACUUUUCGUGGAAAGGAAAAUGAUACAGAUUUGGACCUGCGAUACGAUGCCCCAGAAACUUAUUCUGAGCAAGAUCUCUGGGACUGGCUGAGGAACUCCACAGAUCUGCAAGAGCCUCGGCCCAGAGCAAAGAGACGGCCCAUUGUCAAGACUGGGAAAUUUAAGAAAAUGUUUGGCUGGGGCGAUUUUCAUUCCAACAUCAAGACUGUGAAGCUAAAUCUGUUAAUAACGGGGAAAAUCGUUGACCAUGGCAAUGGGACGUUUAGCGUUUACUUCAGGCAUAACUCCACUGGUCAAGGGAAUGUAUCUGUGAGCCUAGUGCCCCCUACAAAAAUAGUGGAAUUUGACUUGGCACAACAGACAGUGAUUGAUGCCAAAGAUUCGAAGUCCUUUAACUGUCGAAUCGAGUAUGAAAAGGUUGACAAGGCUACCAAGAACACACUCUGCAACUAUGACCCUUCAAAAACCUGUUAUCAGGAGCAGACCCAGAGCCACGUGUCAUGGCUCUGCUCCAAGCCCUUUAAAGUAAUCUGUAUUUACAUUUCCUUUUAUAGUACAGAUUAUAAACUAGUACAGAAGGUGUGUCCUGAUUACAACUACCACAGUGACACACCCUACUUCCCAUCAGGGUGAGGACCAACACGUCUCUGAGACUGAAGCCUGGGGAAUAAAAGAGGUCGUAUGACAGGGCUGUAACCUCAAGGAGGAAGGCCACAUCUAUUGCCUGGAAUGUGUCUACCUGCUGCUGCCGCUGUCAAAAGGCUGCAAAUAUGUUAGUGGAAAACAAUCUAAUGUAAUUCUUGCCCAGUCAGCUCCAUGUAUCAAUCUAGUUGUAAAUCACUAUGGAUUUGAAAUAAAACCAUACACAUACACAGAGACACACACUCUUUUCAGCUCACGUCUAUUGAGAUUCCUGUUAAGAGAGCUUUCAUUGUCUGAUAUCUAAGGUUUCAGGAUAACCUAUCAUCAAGCAAAAUGGAUUAACUAGACAGAGAAUGGUUUCUAACACAGACUGUUAUGGAAAUCUCUUUGAAAGUCCUUUGAGUACAUGCCAAUCAAUAAUCCCCACUCAUGCAUUCUACUGCUUGGAGUAGCUGUACUGGUAAAUACUACUGUAGGAGUAAAUACUUGUUGAAAUGGGAAAAAUGUGUGUCUAGAGUUCAGUAUUCCUUAUUAUAUGAUCACAGCAAAGCAUCGUGACUUUUUUUCCAGCAUACAGUAGGCACAUUCGAGGUGGUGUUAGGUGGCUCUUUUUCCGUGGAACGAGCCUGUUACUAGUAAAGAUGGGCAAACAUUUGGAAUUUACAUGUGGGCAGACAUUCUGGUUUCAUGUUUCUCUGACUCUUUAAGCUCUGAUUCUUUAAACCUGAUUGAGUUUAGGCCAGCUAAGCUACUAAAAAACUCUCCAACUGAUCUCUAAGAAGGACAAUGCCUGGCGGAGAACAUGUAAGUUAUAAGUGGCUGUCUUAUCUUUAUUACAAAAUAUUGUAACAAAUUCAAUAUCCUAGUCUUCAUUUGUAUGAAUGGUUUGUAUUGUACAUAAUUUAACCGGUGUUAUUUGAGCUGCUUAUUAAUAUUAACUUGUAAUUGUCUCUCUGCUUGUUAUUGGUUAAAAACAAUCCAGGAAAUGAGGAAUCCAUUUUAUCAAUGUAGCUGUAAACUCCAUUAAAAGACAGAACUAUGUACAAAGCAUUUAUUCAGCUAAAGUAUUGUUGAGAGCUAUACAUAUACAACAUUACAGUCUGUCUGUAUUUAGAUAUUUUAUUUCCAGAGAAAAAAAAUGAACUGUACAUAAAAAUAAAAAAUCUUAAAGUUGAGUUUCAAUAUGUACUGUGUAGAUAGUAGUUUAAAUGGUUCUGACAAGUGGAUAACACUCCAAGUCUGACAUGGUUUUCAAUCUUGUCUCUUUGCAUAUGUGUAUAUAUAUAUACAUAUAUUUAUAAAUCUCUGUGUGUGCAUGUUUGUGCGUGUAUAUUUACGUGUGUGUGUGUGUGUGCGCACAAAUACAUAUAGACAUAUAUGUAGAGUAUAUAAAAACUUCUCGGGCCCUAUUCCUAGCAAGCAGAAUUCAUUACUGAAGGGUCUUGCUAACUUGAAAGGAUGCCUCCACUUGGAUAAGAAACUACAGGAGCAGGGCUUUCUUUAAAACGAUUCAUUAUCAUUUAGAAGUGGGGAAACAUGGAGCCACUCUCUGUGUACACAGGCCUGCCUUUGCCUUAAUUCUAGCCUCCUCUGAGGCACUGAUCUCUCUUUAUGGAAUGAAGAGAUCCCUUUUUAUGGUACGAGGGAAUUUUCUUCCUAUAAACAAAAAGCUCAUAGCUUUUAUAUUUUUUUUUAUGUAUAGUGGCACACUUCACCCCCAGCUUCAAGAUAACCAGCAACUAUAACAAGUCCAUGCCUAAAAGAAGGCUGCCCAAAGAAGAACUCAGUAUUUCAUCUCAUAUCUUUCAGAAUUAUCAUUCCUAGCAAUGCUUCCCCCCUUCCCCCCUCACCCCCAGGUUCUGUGGUCUCAUGUCAAAGCUGUAAACACAGAUAUGGUUCAGCUUCCAAAUAUGCACAGCAUCAUGAACAGCUUCUCCAAAGUCCCAGUAAACACUUCACUAAUGUUUCAAGAAAUUAGAAGUUUGAAACAACUUCCAGUUGUGGACCUCUCUUGCUGAAAUAUGCAGAACAUAAAUGAGAAUGAAACAAAGCCAAUGGAUAGCUUUAUUGAUCAGCGAAUAUUUUCCCAUUGAUGUACGAGUAGGAGAGGAGACUUCCAUAUUAUUAUUACUUUGGGUCCUUUGAACAGAUAUGCUUGUGGGAAUUUCUUCAUUUUAUAUGACAUUUCCAAGGACAACCUCGUGACCCUGGACCCUGCGUAGAUUUGGAGAAAGAAAUGGUCCAAGCCAUACAGUCCAGAUUCUGAUCUCAUUCAGGAAUAUGCAGAGAUAAAAUAAUUUUUUUUCUUUGACAGGAAUUGUGAUUAUACUGGUAGUGUUUCCUCAUUUGUGCUCUAUGGAAAGUAACUGUUCUGAAUAUAUACCAUAAAGUAAUUUGUGCUAUGACCAAGAAUAAAAUCUUGGCUCUGUUAAACUUAAUGGGAAUUUUGCUAUUGAGUUCAAUACAAAUUUCCAUUUAAUAGUAGGUAGAAUUCCAGUGUUAAAUAUGAUUAGAAAUAUUAGCAAUCCGUAUUAUGGGUGAGCAUUACACACUUUGUGUUCUCAUUUACAUUUCUGAAAAAUGGAUGUUAAAUGCUAUUACUGUUACAGUUCCGUUAUUUCCUUUCAUUUUUAAAACUUCCCAUAAACAUAUGAAAUAUAUACAUUCUGUUCAUAUAUAAUAUACUUAUCAACUUUUCAAGUAACAUCAAUAAGAAAAAGAAUUAUUCAUCAUGCAAUGUUUUGAUCCUUUUAAUUGUGGUAGUUAGUACUUUGCCUCUGUCACAGUUAGUCAUAUUAUUUUUUUGUCUUAAGCCAUUGAAGAACUUGCUAUUCUUCAUAAACGUUUUGAGUUUGAACUUGGAAGAGUUCUUUUGGUGAUCUGGUUGUGAAACAGUGAUCUAAUAUCAAAAUAUAUAAUGUGUUACUUAGGUGUGAGUUCAUUGCAUUUCAUUUAAUCUUUGGGGAAAUAUUUUGUGUUUGCUAACUUUGUUAAAAAAUGUUUUUGGUUCACCCAUUUGAAAAAGGAAUAUAAUGAACACGAGCAUAUGAACUCAGUUAAACAAUGUACGGAUGGGUAUCUAGGUCUUGCAUAUGAACAAUGCCUUAACGGAGUGCGAGGCCAGGCAAAUGUUGCCUCACUAUAACACACUAAUUCUAGAUGUAAUAAAGAUGUAUAUCUCUAAAGGUGUAUUUUUAGUAUUAAAGAAGGUUGAGUUAUUUAUUUGUAAGAAAUGAAGAGACUGGUUUUGUUCACUUUUUUUUUUUAAAUUUAAACAUCUAAAGCAUGCUUUGUGUCACAAAUAGGGAUAUUUUAAUGAAACCAAUUAUUGCUGGUGCAAAACUGCAUGGAUCAUGCACUUGAGCAAAUAUCAAUGUAUUAAACUUGCCUUGGGUGGAUCAGUGAUAGAACUUAAGUGUCAGCUUCUGUGCUUUUGAAAAGAGGAAUCCAGGAUAUAGGAAACAGGUGGUUUUACGUCACAAAAAUCACUAUCAGAGUUCUAAACAGUGAUGGAAAGCUGCAAGAUUUUCACUUGUUAGUUUUGUCAAAAUACUUCAGCAUGGGACAGAAAAUAUACUUUCUUCCCACCUUAUGAAGUCACUCGUAAAGUUUUAGCCCUUUCUCCCGUUGUCCGAGGUUUGCGUGGGUAGUAAGCAAACUAAUAAAUUAAUGUUUACAAACCCCUGGUCUUUCAAAGUUUCCCUUACUUAAAAAAUACGAUGUCAGAAAUUGUUGAAAUUUAUUGUACUUAUUUACAAUGAACUAAGAAACAUUCAAACUUCAUUUAUAGGAGAGCAGAAUGGAAGUCUUGUAGUGUUCUGGUGCAUAUUAGCCUAGAGAUUUAAGUAAUACUACUCAAAGGAUUUAGUCACAGAGCAGUUUUACUGUGAUUAAAUCAUUACAUACAUAUGCAUUCUCUGACUCCUAUAAUGUAACUUGGAAUCCUGAAGGAAUACCAUAAACUACUCUGAAAAUUAUGUGUUAGAGAAUUGUGGAGAAAAACAGGGAUUACAAAAUAUCUGCUACUUUUGCAGCAAAACCAAUCUAAAGCUUAGGCAUCUGAUCUAAAGAAUUAUUCUUCACCAGAAGACAAUGAACUGCAUUCUUGGCAUUGUAUUGGUCCUUCAUGUCCUUCUGUGGCAGAGAUGGUCAAAUUAUAUCCGACUGCAUUUAGAAAUGGAAAAGAACCUUAUUUCUGGUGAUCUGUACCUAACUGUGUAUCUAACAGUGCAAGAGACCUCAAAUAGCUGCAUCAAAGAUCUGUUCUAGGAGCCACAUGAUACAGAAAUGUAUACAAUACCUAUUCAGAAAUACUUUUGAUGCCAAGAAUUCCCAAUUUUUCAAACCAGUGUACCACAGAGUUCUUGUAUAUUAUGUAUUUAUAAAUUGCAGCCAUAUUGUGUAUAAAAUUAGAUUUCUUUUAAAAAUAUGCACAGUUCAUAAAAAAUUUCCAAUACUCGGAUAUACAUCAAUCAAAUACAAACAUUCCUGACCCUUUGCAAAACUUUUGAUUCCACAGUCUGGAAUCCAUGAGAAGUAAACCAGCUGAUUCAUUUUGUGCAUGAAUUAAAAGAUUGAAACCUCGAUUGUCAUUUAUGCUAAAGUUCUUUGAUGAGUUACCCUGUUACGGCUUUAAUGUAUGAGUAUGAAUACUAUUUCC